AUGAAUACUCCAAAUUCCAUCUUCUCAAGACGCUGCCAGAUAAAUAUUUUCCAAUACAGAUGUCUCCACAGCGGGCAGGAAAACACCGCAAGAUGCAGGAGUCAUUUCGACAAUCAGCCCUGUAUCCCUGAUGUGGUUUAUACGGAGGAAGUCAAGGAUAGAGAUUGCGCAGAAUGUGUCAUGAGUAGUAGAGAUUCCGGUUAUGCUUCAGAUGAAAUUUACAUGAAUACUCCCACGAACACUGCCACCAAAUCAUCAGGAUUCGAUGAUAGCAGAGUAUUCAAGCGAUCCAGUCUUUCCAAUCAAAAGCGAAGUGGCAUUAAGCACAAAUCCACAUUGAAUGGAACAGGAGGAGACAAGUUGUCAAGAAGCAAGGAUAUCAAAUCCCACCAAGCUAGAGGUGAUGAAUUGAGAUAUAGAAGAGCUAUUGUCAAGUCACGUAGCGAAGGUGGACACAGAAUUCCUAUGAAUACACCCACGAAGAUUUCUAAGAAGAUACCCAAGAGAUCGAGAAUGGGUGCAAAGGCACAAUUGAAGUCGAAGAUGGAGGCUGAAAUGACGGAUGAGAUGGAACUGGACAUGGAGAUGCACGGAUAUGGAGAUAAGAAUGAUAUGGCUGAUCUAUCUCGCAAGCUGGAUUCUCUUACAUGCGAUUAA